GAGUGAAACACCUGCGAUGAGACUCAAAAGCAGUUCAAUCUCAAGUCUCAUCCACUAUCUGGUAGUCCACCAUGCCCGACCACCAAUGCAAAGGUCCUUCAUCAGCAAAUUCUUCGCCAAACGAUCGCAUGAUAAACGUAUUCUGGCACGACGGUAUGUUGGAUCAUGACACCGGCAAAGGAGUAUUCGACACCGGAAUGGACCCUGGUUACCUCGACGUACUCGAAAAGCACCCAGAAAACUCCGACAGGAUCAGAAACAUGCUCUCCAUCCUCAAAAGAGGUCCUAUUUCCCCUUUUCUUUCAUGGCAUUCCUCCACGCCUGCUCUCGUCUCCGAAUUGCUCUCUUUCCAUACUCCAGAAUAUAUCAAUUCCCUAAUUGAAGCAGAUAAAAAUGGAGGAAAGGAAAUUUGUAGUGGGACAUUUCUGAAUCCGGGAUCAUGGAAAGCUGCAGUUUUAGCUGCUGGGACUACAGUUUCAGCAAUGAAGUAUAUACUUGAUGGGCAUGGGAAGAUAUGCUACGCACUGGUUAGGCCACCUGGCCACCAUGCUCAGCCUACUCAAGCUGAUGGAUAUUGCUUUUUAAACAAUGCCGGCAUUGCAGUUCAAUAUGCUUUGAACUCAGGGUGUAAGAAGGUUGCUGUUAUUGACAUUGAUGUUCAUUACGGGAAUGGAACUGCGGAGGGAUUCUACGAUUCCAACAAGGUUCUAACGGUUUCCCUUCAUAUGAAUCAUGGGUCUUGGGGGACAUCUCAUCCUCAGACUGGAAGCAUAAGUGAGUUGGGUGAAGGAAUAGGAUUUGGGUAUAAUUUGAAUGUACCUUUGCCAAAUGGAACUGGGGACAAAGGCUACAAGUAUGCAAUGAACCACCUGGUUCUCCCUGCUGUUACAAACUUUGAACCAGAUUUCAUGGUGUUUGUUGUUGGCCAAGAUUCAAGUGCUUUUGAUCCAAAUGGAAGACAAUGUUUGACAAUGGAGGGUUAUAGAGAGAUUGGGCGGAUGGUUGGGAAUGUAGCUGAUGAUCAUUGCAAUGGCCGCAUCUUAAUUGUGCAGGAAGGUGGAUAUCACGUCACCUACUCGGCUUAUUGUCUGCAUGCAACUCUUGAAGAUUACAUAUGA